AUGUCAGACACCAGCAAGGCGCAAGCCGAAUCUACACAGCCCACCCAACAAAAGAAGACCCCGCAAGUGUUAGAGGAGGAUGAUGAGUUUGAAGACUUUCCGGUAGAGGACUGGCCACAAGAAGAAACCGAGCAGGGUCAAGGUUCGAACGCAAAUGGUACCAACACACAUCUCUGGGAAGAGAGCUGGGACGACGACGAUGAGAGUGAAGAUUUCUCCAAGCAGCUCAAGGAGGAAAUGAAGAAAGUCGAGGGCGCUAAAUAG